GUUUCGGAUCUCCUGUAUCAAACGCAUCGUUUUGGUUUUCUUCCCAAUCUACACGCACUCACGCAGAACGUUUUUGCCCGACUUCCCUUCUUCGUUAUUUACAUUUCUAACCUCGAGGGCAGGUCCUCUCUCUCUCUCUGUCUCUCGUUCUCCACUUCCUUGCCCGACACACCGUUGCGAGCGAGAAAUUCACAUCCUCAGUCUUCUAGCUGCUUUUCGGAAUUUUCAUUUUAAUCCUAAACCAGGGUGAGGAUUUGUUGUCAUUAUCAUGAUUUCUAGGGUCCGCGUUUGCGAUUUCCACGGGACUUGAAUCUAACGUUAAUGGGGGCAUCGCGAAUCGCCUGAUCGGAAAAAUUCAAAUGAGAUGGCAUCUUCACAUAACAUCGAGUUGGAGGCAGCAAAAUUUCUUCACAAACUUAUCCAAGAAUCUAAAGACGAACCCUCCAAGCUGGCCACUAAACUUUAUGUGAUUUUGCAACACAUGAAAGCAAGUGGAAAGGAAAAUUCGAUGCCAUAUCAAGUGAUCUCAAGGGCCAUGGAGACUGUUAUCAGUCAAAACGGUCUUGAUAUUGAGGCUUUGAAAGCAUCACGUCUUCCUUUGACUAGUGGAACUCAAAUGGGGGAAUCUAGAACAGCCCAAGUUACAGGCCCUUUGCAGGCGGUCGGGGUGACAAAAGAUUCUAAAUUUGGCAUGGCUGAAAAUGAGAUGACCAAAGUUGAUUCAUUUCCCUCAGGCAGACCACCUGUUGGCCCAAGCAGUUCUGGCCAUGAUAUCUAUCAAGGGUCAGUAUCCCAUAGAAGUGGGAAGUCUUUCGAUCAUGAAAGUCCAUCCAGUUUGGACACUAGGUCUGCCAACUCUCAGUCACAAGAAAGGCGUGAGGCAACAAACUGGGAAAAACAGGCAAAUCAAAGUGACAGUAAAAAAGCCCGUGCUAAGAGGAAGAGGGCAGAUUCAUCAUUAGCAUCAGAAUCUCAAAGUGACAACCCUCAGCAACUUGAUAAUCGCAACAUCAUGGGUAAUCCAAAUAAGGGGAAGUUGAUGAACAUGGAGCCACUGGGGAGUUUUUCCAUUAAAGGAGGUGCUGCUGGUAUGGUUCAUGGAGGGAUGCCUGGUGCUUCAAGUUUGUACCCAGCUGUAGAACUGGGGUUUUCAACACCAAUGCAGUUCAGUGGGUCUUCAUAUGAGAAUCAUGGGUUGCUUGCUAAAAUGCAUAAGGAAAGAAGCAUGGAGGCCUUUUCUGCUGUGAGCUCUCCCUCAGUUGAGCUUUCUACUAGUAAAGGCACAAUUGAUUCUGAACCAUGGAGGCAUGGAUUCGUGAAAGGUGGACUAACAAGUACCUCUGAGAAGAUUGCAGAAGGCCAGUUUUCAGCUAAUCGAGGUGAUGGAGCAUCUGCAAAUUUGUUUACAGGAAAGGUUUUGGAGCAUGAUGUAGGAAUUUCAAAUACAUUGGUAAAUGCAAAUAGGAUGGUUCAGGGUGUUGGACACCACAGUAUUGAAAUGGGCAUGUUGAUGAAUGGAGCUCCUAGAGAUACAGGAAAAUCUCCACUUCCCCAGGGUUCUGCCUCUUCAGACAUGCCUUUCAAGGAGCAGCAUUUGAAGCAGCUCAGGGCCCAGUGCUUGGUAUUUUUAGCAUUCAGAAAUGGUUUGAUGCCAAAGAAACUGCAUCUUGAAAUUGCCCUUGGAAAUAUCUUUCCUAAAGAAGACGUACCUCGAAAAGAGCUGAUUGACCAUAAAGGAAAAGAGCAGUCUUUGAAUGAACCAAAUAGCAUUCCUGAAGUCAUUGCAUCAGUUGGAAGAUUAAAUAAUGCAAAGGACUCUGAAAGAAUCCCUCCGAGUUUGUCAUCUGCUGGAAGUGUUCGAGAGAUAGAGUCCUUGUCAAAAGAAACUGGGAACCCAAAAAUGGUUGAGGGCAAAACUGCCCCACCUUCUGACCAAUCUGCUGUUGCAGAAGAAAGACAAAAUGUUUCCGCUACAAGAAGACCGGAGACUGAAAUGCAAGCCCAGGAAGCAGUUGAAUCACCUGCAUUUCCAACUGCAAUGGCACCACCUGAAUCUUCAAGUCUAAGGGGUUUAGCUGUUAGUAAUCAUGUGGAUAAUAUGGGGAAUGCCCGUCUGCAUGGUGGAAGAAUUAAUCAAGCCCCUCCUUUAAUGAAUCUAAAUAAGCAGAUGAUUAGCUGGACUGGAAUUGGCAGUCAUAGUGACUCUUCUAGGCGAUCACUGCCAGCCUUAUCUGUUCAGCAGGAACCAACACCAGAGAGAAAUGUUUCAAUGGGAGAGCAUUGGAAGCCUGUAUCAGGACUGGACAGUGAACAUCACGCAGUAAUUCCAGUGAAGGAUGCUAAUAAUUUGAUCAAACACGUGUCUCCAGAUGAUUUGAAGGUUUCUAAUCCUCAAACAAGAUGCAUUUCAGAGGGAUCCAAAAUGGUGCCUGUUGACGACACACAAAAAAAUGGGCAUUCAUUUACAUUGCAAGACAGAUAUACUGAGCAGGAAGAGGAAGAUAAGUCAGAUUCCACUGAGUUGCCGCCCUCACCAAAGUAUACAACAUCAGAGAAGUGGAUUAUGGAUCAGCAGAAAAGGAAGCUUAUUGUUGACCAAAGCUGGAUGCUAAAGCAGCGAAAAACAGAGGAAAGAAUAGCAUCCUGUUUUAACAAGCUGAAGGAAACUGUGAGCUCAUCUGCAGAUAUUUCUGCAAAAACCAGAAGUGUCAUUGAAUUGAAAAAGCUUCAACUGUUGCAACUUCAGCGCCGUCUCCGGAGUGAUUUUCUGAGUGAUUUUUUCAAACCAAUAGGUGCUGAAAUGGAUCGCUUAAAGUCUAUCAAGAAAAAUAGAAUUGGUAGGAGGCUGAAACAAGUUGAGAAAUAUGAGCAGAGAAUGAAGGAAGAGCGACAAAAGAGGAUUCGCGAGAGGCAGAAAGAGUUCUUCACAGAGAUAGAAAUUCACAAGGAAAGACUGGAUGACGUGUUUAAAAUUAAGAGAGAACGCUGGAAGGGUUUUAAUAAAUAUGUGAAAGAAUUUCACAAAAGGAAAGAAAGAAUACAUCGAGAGAAGAUUGACAGAAUCCAGCGUGAGAAGAUUAAUCUAUUGAAGAUUAAUGAUGUGGAGGGGUAUCUAAGAAUGGUUCAGGAUGCUAAAUCAGAUCGUGUUAAACAACUGCUCAAAGAGACUGAGAAAUAUCUUCAGAAGCUUGGAUCAAAACUAAAGGAUGCAAAGGCUGUGGCGACACGCUUUGAACUUGAUAUGGAGGAGAGCCGAACUGCAGGUGUUGUUGAGAAGAAUGAAACAGCUGCAGAGAAUGAAGAGGAGAGUGACCAGGCGAAGCAUUACAUGGAAAGCAAUGAAAAGUACUAUUUGAUGGCUCACAGUAUAAAAGAGAGCAUUGCAGAGCAGCCAACUUGUCUUGAAGGCGGGAAAUUAAGAGAGUACCAAAUGAAUGGCCUGCGUUGGUUGGUUUCACUAUACAAUAAUCAUUUGAAUGGAAUUCUUGCUGAUGAAAUGGGUCUUGGUAAAACUGUUCAGGUUAUUGCUCUGAUUUGUUACCUAAUGGAAGCCAAAAAUGAUAGAGGACCUUUUCUAGUUGUUGUGCCAUCUUCAGUUCUACCUGGAUGGGAGUCAGAAAUUAACUUUUGGGCCCCGGCUGUGAACAAAAUUGUCUAUGCUGGGCCACCAGAGGAGCGGCGUAGGCUAUUCAAGGAAAGAAUUGUUCAUCAGAAAUUCAAUGUCCUUCUAACAACGUACGAGUACUUGAUGAAUAAGCAUGAUCGGCCCAAACUAAGCAAAAUACAUUGGCAUUAUAUCAUAAUUGAUGAAGGCCAUCGCAUAAAGAAUGCUUCUUGCAAGUUGAAUGCUGACUUGAAGCAUUACCAGAGUUCUCACAGAUUGCUGUUAACUGGGACGCCUCUACAGAACAAUCUCGAGGAAUUGUGGGCACUCCUUAACUUCCUGUUGCCCAAUAUUUUUAACUCAUCUGAGGAUUUUUCUCAGUGGUUCAACAAACCUUUUGAGAGUAAUGGUGAUAAUUCACCUGAUCAAGCUUUAUUAUCCGAGGAAGAGAAUCUUUUGAUCAUAAAUCGUCUUCACCAGGUUCUUCGGCCAUUUGUACUUCGGAGGCUGAAACACAAGGUUGAAAAUGAAUUGCCUGAAAAGAUUGAAAGACUUGUAAGAUGUGAGGCUUCUGCAUAUCAGAAGCUUUUGAUGAAGAGGGUGGAAGACAAUCUUGGUUCAAUUGGAAACUCAAAGGCUCGGUCAGUGCACAAUUCUGUUAUGGAGCUACGCAAUAUAUGCAAUCAUCCAUAUCUCAGCCAGCUUCAUGCAGACGAGGUUGAUAGCUUAGUCCCUAAACAUUAUUUGCCAACAAUUGUGAGACUUUGUGGGAAGCUUGAGAUGUUAGAUCGCUUACUACCCAAAUUAAAAGCAACAGACCACCGAGUUCUGUUCUUUUCAACAAUGACUAGACUGCUUGAUGUUAUGGAAGAAUAUCUCAGCUGGAAACAGUAUCGCUACCUUCGCUUGGAUGGACAUACAUCUGGAAGUGACCGUGGAGCCCUUAUUGAGCUGUUCAACAAACCAGAUUCCCCAUUUUUUAUAUUUUUGCUCAGUAUUCGGGCUGGAGGCGUUGGAGUGAAUCUUCAAGCUGCUGAUACUGUGAUCAUAUUUGACACUGAUUGGAAUCCACAGGUUGAUUUGCAAGCACAAGCAAGGGCUCAUAGGAUUGGCCAGAAGAGGGAUGUUCUUGUUCUUCGAUUAGAAACAGUCCAAACUGUGGAGGAACAAGUCAGAGCCUCAGCGGAGCAUAAACUGGGAGUUGCUAAUCAAAGCAUUACUGCUGGUUUUUUUGACAACAAUACCAGUGCGGAAGAUCGUAGAGAGUACUUGGAGUCCCUCCUUCGGGAGUGUAAGAAAGAGGAAGCUGCACCUGUUUUAGAUGAUGAUGCUCUAAAUGAUCUUUUAGCCCGCAGUGAAUCGGAGAUUGAUAUAUUUGAAUCUGUUGACAAGCAGAGGCGCGAACAAGAAGUGGCUACAUGGAAGAAGUUAGUGUUAGGACAGACAGAUGAUUCUGAGUGUGUACCUCCCCUGCCUUCUCGCCUGGUAACAGAUGAUGACUUGAAAGCAUUCUAUGAAGUGAUGAAAAUAUUUGAAGUAGAAAAUGCUGGGGCAGUAUCUACUGUUGGUGUUAAGCGAAAGAAUGAAUAUAUUGAGAGCCUCGAUACUCGGCAAUAUGGGAGAGGCAAACGAGCAAGAGAGGUGCGUUCCUAUGAAGAGCAAUGGACAGAAGAAGAAUUUGAAAAGAUGUGUCAAGUUGAAUCCCCUGGAUCCCCCCAAAAGAAGGAAGACAUGAAAGAAACAAACUUCUCAACAGAUGUCAGUGGGUCUGCAGCAGCCAUUGGUAACUCAGAACCCCCUGCUCCACCUGCGCUACCAGUUCCACCCAUGCCACCCUUGGCUCCUCCACCCCCAAUGCAGCUUCCACCACUGCAAAAUGAGGUAACGCCACCUUCUAAACGCGGUCGUGGAAGGCCAAAGAGGGUCACACCCGCUGCCCAACCAACAAUUCCAACACCAUCCAGGGCAGCAAAACCAGAUGUUGGUUCACAGAAAGUAACAGUUUCCAGCUCUUCAGUGAUUCAUGCUCCUGAUUCGUUUCCUGUUCCAACCACCAUAAAAAGUGUAAGUGGAACUGUGCAGCAUUUUGGUGUAUAUAUUGCUCCUACCUCUCAGACAAUUCCUCCAUUUCCCCCUGUUGCUCCUGGCACUCAAUCUACCCUUUCUUGUCCGUCUGCUAUGCAAUCUGUAUCUAUGCAAGUUAAGGGACCUGGCCGAAAGACGCAAAAUGUAGAUGCUCCCCGACGCAGGGGUAAGAAACAAAGUACUGUGGCGUCUAAUGCUCCGGUUAUUCCAGCACCUUCACUUUCUGGAAGUGGCAAAAUGGAUUUGGGUUCACAGAGAGCAACAGUUUCUAUCCUUGCACCUGUUCCUGACUCUGUUGGAGUCAUACCUCAUUUUGGCUCGGGGAUUGCUCCAAGCUCUCAGUCAACCUCUCAUUCCCCUGGUGCUUCAGGUGCUCAGGAUAUAAAACCAACUGGUGCUUCUGAUUAUUCUUCUGAAAAGAAGCAGUCAACAUGCUCAAUAACAAAAGAUAUUGAUGCUACCAAAUCAACAGAAAAGAAUUCUGCAUGUUUUGAACCCAGUGUAGUCAAAUCAUUUCCGGAAUCCAAGGGUGAAAUCUCUUCUCAAAAAGUUGAGGCAUCUCUAACUUCUGUGCACCCUACCUCUGGAAAAGAUGCAAAUGAUUUUGCUCCCCAGAUUAAGGAAUCUUGGACAAAAUCUUCAAUUCCUGUUGCUCCUGGCAUGCACCCUACCCCCCCUUGCUCUUCUGCUAUGCAAUCUGUACCUAUGCAAGUUAAGGGACGUGGUCGAAAGACUCAAAGUGUAGAAGCUCCCCGACGCAGGGGUAAGAAACAGAGUGCAUUGGCACUUAGUGUUCCAGUUCAUCCAUCACCUUCACCUUUUGAAAGUGGCAAAAUGGGUUUGGGUUCACAGGGAGGAGAUAAAAUAUUUGGUGGAGAAUUAAAGGCAUCUCAAACUUGUGCAGGCCCUGCUCCAGCUGCCUCAGAACAAAUUCAAACAGUGGAUCUAAAAGAUCCUCUGGUGGCAGAAGUUCUGCCCGUAACCAGAAAAAUGGAUUUGGAUUCACAGAGAGGAGAUAAGGUAUUUCCUGGAGAAGUUAAAGCAUCUCAGACUUGUGCAGGCCCUGCCUUGGAACAAAUUCAAACAGUGGAUGUAAAUGAUCCUCUGGUGACAGAAGUUCUGCCUGAAACUGGCAAAAUGGAUUUAGCCUCGCAGAGAGUGGAAGAAAUAUUUCAUAGAGAUGUGAAGGCAUCUCAAACUUGUGCAGGCCCUGCCUCAGAACAAAUUCAAACAGCGACUGUAAAUGGUCCUCUGGUGACUGAAGUUCUACCAGGACCUGGCGAAAAAGAUUUGGUUUCACAGGGAGGAGAUAAAAUAUUUCCUGGAGAAGGUGAGGCAUGUCAAACUUGUGCAGGCCCUGCCUCAAGUGACAUUCAAACGGUGCAUAUAAAUGGUCCUCUGGUGACAGAAGUUCUGCCUGAAACUGGAAAAAUGGAUUUGGAUUCACAGAGAGGAGAUGAAGUGCUUCCUGGAGAAGUUGAGGCAUCUCAAACUUGUGCAAGCCCUGCCUCAGGACAAAAUCAAACAGUGGAUGUAAAUGAUUCUAUAGCGAAGGAAGUUGUGCCUGAAGCUAAGUCAUCAGAAACAGGGAUUCUGCCUGAAGCGAAGUCACCCCCUGUUAGUAUAGUUGGUCAAAAUACAAAAUCAUUCAAGGAAUCUCAUUAUAGAGCCAGGGAUUCAAUCGGAAGUGAAGUGAUUCCUGCAAGGAGUGAACUAGAGAAAGAUGGUCAGGAAAUAAGAAAUGAGGUAGCAGAGCAACCAACAGAACUGCCUGAUUGUUCUUUUGAAAAUAGGGAGUCGGCGUGUUCAUUAACAUCAGAUAUCGAGGCUGCCAAGUCAACUGAGAAGGAUUCUGCAUAUUCUGAAACCAUUGAAGACAAAGCAUCCCCAGAAUCAAAGCUCGAAAUCUCUCAAAGAGUAGAGGCAUCAGAGACUAGGAUCAAAGUCUCUUUUGGGAGUGAAGGUGCAGAAGCCCCAACCAUACCAGUAUCAGAGACCCCUGUUGAGGUGACCAGGAACCCAAUAUCAGAGAAUAUGACACAUCCAACUGUACCCGAGUUGGAUAUAGCAGCUCCAGCUUCUGACCUUCCAAUUGGCAAUCACGAGAAUCAAGAAGGUGACAAGAAAAUACCAGAGGACAAGGAUCAUAUUUCGGUAGGGGUCCCCGUUUCAGAUCCUGAGGCUCCUGAUCUUGAAAGGAAGCCUACUGCUGUCGAAAACACGGCAGAUUCCCAACAAAUCGAAGAUAAUGCACCAGGAGUGGGGAGUUCAGAGGUUGCUUGUAGUUCCCCUGCUGCUUUGAGGACAUUUGAAAAUUCCCCCACAGCACCAGGAUUGGGGAAUUCGGAGGUUACUCCUAGUACCCCCGUCAGUUUGAAGACAUCUGAAAAUUCCCCAACAGCACCAGCAGUGGAGAAUUUGGGAGCUACAUCUGAAAACUCCCGAACAGAACCGGAAGUUGCGGGUUCUACUCAGGGUGGAGAUGCCCCAGCCAUCCCUGUUUCAGGACCAGCGUGCUCUUCUCAGAAAGAAUGAUUAGUUUAAAAUUCCCAUUUGAGGAGUUAUUUGUAAUCUAGUUGGUCUGUGUAGAUGUUUGAAAAUUUUAAUUUUGUUUUUGUUUAAUGCCUUCUAUUGUUGUUGUUUAGCCACUACUGAAAAACUUAUUUUGGUAGCUUAAACUUGUAUCAAAUUAAAUUCAUGUUUAACCCCA